AUGUCGUCUCCUCAGCAGCGACUAUCCUCUGUCGCAAAUCAAUUAUCUGCCCCUGGCGCAGCCAAGCAGCGGAUUCUUGCAAAGAACUCCGAUGAUGUUGUCAUCACAUAUCUCGCGCGAACACCUCUUACAAAAGCUCGCAAGGGUGGUUUGAAAGAUACAACAUUCGAUAACCUCUUAAUUUCGCUGCUUUCCACCGUGCGAGAAAACUCCAAAAUCGACCCCAACGUAGUCGAGGAUGUCUGCGUAGGUAACUGUCUAGCCCCCGGAGCUGCAUAUAUCGCCCGCUCAGCCGUCCUGGCUGCAGGAUUCCCGGUGACAACCGCCGCAUCCGUCACCAACCGAUUCUGCUCGUCGGGACUGCUCGCUGUCCAAAAUAUCGCAAACCAGAUCAUCGCAGGCUCGAUCGAUGUGGGUAUCGCGGUGGGGGCGGAGAGCAUGAGCUCAACCGCCGACGGUGGUGCGCCUGAGAUGGCUGAGCGUAUUAAUUCUCACCCAAUUGCGUCACAAAACUAUCAACCAAUGGGUCAGACAUCUGAGAACGUUGCGUCGCAGUUCAAGAUCUCGCGUGAACAACAUGAUAAGUUCGCUGCUGGGAGUUACCAGAAGGCCGAGCAUGCGCAGAAGGCUGGAUGGUUCGAGGAUGAGAUCAUUCCUAUUAAAACUCAGAUUAAGGAUCCUAAGACUGGAGAGGUCAAGGAUGUUGUCGUGAACCGGGAUGAUGGUAUCCGCUAUGGUACUACUGCUGAAGGAUUGGGCAAGAUCCGUGCGGCAUUCCCUCAGUGGGAUCCUAGUGCUACUACUGGUGGAAAUGCCAGUCAGAUCACUGACGGUGCCGCGGCUUUGGUUUUGAUGAAGCGUUCCCGAGCGCUGGAGCUCGGUCAACCUAUUGUUGGCAAGUUUUGCGGUGCUACUGUGGUCGGACUAGAGCCCAGGAUCAUGGGUAUUGGCCCUUCUUACGCUAUUCCUAAGAUUUUGAACAAGUUCAAUAUUUCAAAGGAUGAUGUUGAUAUCUUUGAAAUCAAUGAGGCUUUUGCCUCUAUGGGUGUGUACUGUGUUGCCAAGUUGGGUCUUGACGAGUCCAAGGUUAACCCCCGAGGUGGCUCUAUUGCAUUCGGCCAUCCCUUAGGCGCUACAGGUGCACGCCAGGUCGUCACUGCGCUGUCAGAGCUACGUCGCCAAGACAAGCGCAUUGCUGUGACGUCCAUGUGUGUAGGAACUGGUAUGGGUAUGGCUGGUAUCUUUGUGUCGGAACAUUAA